GCGGCGGCGCCCGCCGCCGCGGCCGAUGCGGCCUGGACGGCCGCGGCCGAGGCCGCCGCCGCGCCGCCAGCCUCCGCUGGCUGGGCCGCGCUGGAGGCGGCGCCUGGCGAGGCGGACGGCGCCGCCGAGGCUGUCGCGGCCAGCGGCGGGGCAGCUGCCGUGGCCACCGGCCUCGCGGAGUGCGACGGCAGCGAGCCGUACGGCCACGGGCUGCCCGUGGACGUGGUCCGCAGCGCGGCUGGGUCGUAUGGCGGCCGCCGCAAGGCCUCGUGGUUGCCCUUGCAGCCUUUGCGCAAGCGGCUGCGCGAUGCCAUGGGGCCUGGGCGGCCGCAGGAUGCUCCAGAGGUGUCGCCAGCAGUCGCCAUCGCGGCACGAGCAGCGGCCGAGGCCGAGCACGACGAAGAAGCAGCGAUGCUCUUCGGUGAUUGGUCGGACGACGACCUUCCAGCAAUCGCAGACGAGCAGGUCGACGACGGUCAGCCCGAGGCCGCCGAGCUCGCCGCCAUCGGUGGAGGUGCAGCUCCUCCAGCGGUGGUUCCAGGAGACGGCCGUGAGCUGGGCGAGAUCGUGGCGCAGCUGGUCGAGCAGACCAGCGCGAUCAUGGCUGCGAAGGGUGGCCUCAGCACCGAGGUCGAGAGCGUGCACCAGCGCCAAAUGUUGGACUACUGGCUGGACUCGGAGAAGACGACGAUGCCUUUCAACCACGAGUGCGACAUGCUCAAGGUAGGGCGGCGGCGGGCCGAGGGGGUCCUUGAGGCGUCGGCAGCUGCUUGCACCGUGCUUCAGUCGCGAGACGUCGCUCGGAUGUCGAAGCAGCUGGCGCAGGCCGUGCUGGCCCGCGGCGGCAAGGCUGUGAGCUGGACGGAGUCGGUGCGGUACGACGAGACGCCGAUGCACAUGCGGCAGAGCGACCCAGAGAGAUCCACUCCAGCGGCUGCGGGCGAACAGAUCGCACUGCAUGCUGGCGGAGCUCAGGACGUGAGCAUGGUGCCGAUCAGCAGCACUUGCACAAGCGUGCACUCGGCCAAGAUUCUGAACACGGAGCGGACGUACAGCAUGCUCUUCCACGUGCCCGACGCUGGGUACUUCGCAGUGCGCGUGCCGCUGGAGACGCCCGUCCAGUCGCUGAGCAGGACCACUGGAGAGGUGCUCUGGGACGCUCUUCAGGCCAGCCAGCCGCCGAUAGAAGAGGUUGCGCAGAUGUUCAGCAGACGGCAGCGGCUGGUCUGCACCGACGGCGCGGGCGGCAUCACGCGGAUGGAGCGCAACUUCGACCGCUUGUCGGCUGGCCAGUGUAGCACGCUGAAGGUGAAGUGCGAGGUCCACAUGAUCUACAAGUGGUUCACCAACGCCUUCUACCACGUGAAGGACGACACCGCGUGCAUGGUGCACGCGGCGAAGGCGUUGCGCUGGCAGGACGGCAUGCGAUCCUUCAGGGCGGUUCUCAGGAAUGAGAUCGAGCGCAGCUUGGUGUACUACCAGCACCAGAAGCCAUCGCCAGUGGACCUCGACUACAGCACGAAGUGCCUGGACCUCUUCCUGGCGGAGACCACCCCCAGCCGUCGGCUCCGACGGUGCGUCAUCCUCUCGCUAGCCAACGGCGACUGGAGGAAGAGGGGCAUGUCGGCAGGGAGUGCCAUGAGCUUUGCUCCUAGGGCUUGCGUGGAGCACCAUUGCGACGGCUGCUGCAUGUCUCGCGCUGACUGCGUGGCGAAGUUCACGACGCUCUUCGUGGCAGCGGUCGCCGCGACGGAUCCGCCAGUGUGGCCAACUUCCAGGUGGACGGGCUUCGACGUCGCGGUCGACUUCAUGGGCGUCCUGGAGAUGUGCCACGGCCUGCUCAGCCGCUCGUUCCUCAGGUGGACUGGCAUCGAGGUUGCCAAGCUGAAGGGCGCCGUGCCGCUGCACCUGUGCAUGCUCAUGGAUCACGAUCCGCACGGCUUCAACUCAGGCCUGCGGAAUGUCGAGGAGGAGGCGCGUCGCGUCGAGGCAUCGCCCGCGGGCGGACGCGGCAGCGGCGGCGCUGAGGACCAGGAGGAGAAGCGCAGGAAGGAGGACUCGAUCCACCGAUGGCACGGCGCCAAGUGGUUGUACCAUGGCAGCACGCCAGCGCGGUUGGUCUUGAUCAGGGCGGUGCUGGUGCCUCUCGUGCAGAUCCAGAGGCGGUACAUGGAGUCCACUGGCAUCAAGCACGCCGACGAGAUGGAGUACCGCAAGCUCGCCCGAGCAGCUGGCCUUGACCACGACAUUGACGACGAGGUUUUUCCGAUGGUCGCAGCGUCCAGGUUCGUUUUCGAGAACGAGUUCCUCAUGAUCCUGACGAGUGCGAUGUUGGAAGCAUGGCGGUGGGACAUCCUAACUCCAGGGCUCAGGUCGCAUUGCCUUCGCGCCGAGGCCUUCAUCAUGUUGAGCCAGAUCGGCUGCCUGGCCCACGAGCUCAGGGUGCUGCACUCGGGGUACCCCUUUAAGCUGUUCAAGUUGUUGGACGGAGAUGGCGCGGACGAGAUCGGCAGCGAUUGCAAGACCAUGAUGGACAGCUGGAGCCAGGACCUCGUCGGGAAGUACGCCGACGCCGAGGACGGCUUCAAGAGCGCAGAACUUCUCGCGGAGCUCAGGCAUACCGCCGCCACUGUUCAGCGCGAGACUUGCAGCAUCGAGUCCAGCCGCGCUACCAUCCGUCGGAGCCUUCACAUGCUGAGCGUGCAGACCCACGCGAUGCACAUCAGGCGCCUGUCUGCAUUGCGGACUUGCCAGCGGUUUCGAACACGGCAGCAUCGAUUGCGCAACGGGCCUGCGCGACUCGUGCUGAAGAACGCGAUGAACAGGGUCGGCCAGAAGCCUCCAACCAGGAAGCGCUACCGCGGCUUCGGCGGUGCUUGGCGUGCUUUCGUUCGACAGCAGACGCUUGGUCAGAAAGGGUCGCCCGACUUUUCGGAGAUCGUGAAGGCGUACCGCGCGCUGUCUGUAGAGGAGAAGAAGAACCUCCAGGACAUGGGGGCGGCAGCAACCCGAGCAGCACGGGCUGGCAACAAGAUGCCGUUCGGAGGCAGCUCUCGCAUGAUGAGGGCGCGGGCAAGCAAGGCGGCGAUGGCACUUCAAGUCAGAGAUCUGGCGGAUCGCAAGCGCGCGGCGCUGUUGGAGUCUUCGGGCGCUGAUGAUGUCGACAUCGCAGUUGCCACGUACAGCGGCAUGAUCAGCAUCGCUUCGUCGAAUACCAAGCACCUCUCCGACAUGAAGAACCUGCGGAACUUCGAGCGCGUGGAGCGGGCCUGGCGCGCAUCCGACAAGGAUGCGAAGCACAGCGAGAUCAGCAAGUGGCAGUUGCUGACGGGCGCUCAGCUGAGGUCAGAGUGCUUGGACCACGAUUCAGCCAUCCGGAAGAGGCUCGACGAGUUCCUCCCCGUUGUUCCCCCACAUGCGGAUUUCAAGCUUUUCCAGUGGGAGCCCCUGGGUAUCUUGGAUCGGGUGAGGCGCGGGUUGUCAGCACAUCGUGACUACAUCAGGGACGUCUUCACUGCUUUGACGAAGAUCUGGGGCGAGAUGCACGACAUUAUCGAUCACAAGCCGCGCCCCGAGUGGGGCGAGAACGAUUGCCCAGACAUCCCGCCUUGCAUCUUCGCUGGCAUGUGCGUGUGCCAGGGCGCGGGGCUGGAGGUCGACAAGUUCGUGAACCACUUCAACGAUGCUGUCAAGCUGGCCAUCCCAGUCGGUCGCGAGAGGACCCAGAGUCUGGCUCACGGUCACGUCGUGGUCUACGUCUUCGCGCAGCCCCAACCUGCCGCAGACGAGAAGGACAUCGAUCUUGCCACAAACAGCAUCAUUGAAGGCUUGCCGAUCGUUGAAGGCAGGUGGUUACACAUUGGCCACCAAAGUUUGUCGCCAUGGCGGUCUUGCUUCCAAGCCCUGGAGGGCCCGAUGCAUCAAGUCAUCAAUACAGACAAGCAUCGACUACAGGCUACCUGCGAGUUUGCGACGCCGUGGCAGGCGUUCACCAACUUCGAUCGGGAUCUCAGGUGGUCCAUGUGCGCGUACCAGGUGGAGAUGAGGAGCAGCCCUCUCGGAUCUUUCUGCCCGAAGGAAGUCGACGUCGAGUUGAUCGAGGAGCGCGAGAAGCCGAACAUGCCGAUGUGCAGGGUCAUCUGGAAACCGAAGUGGGCGGUGUGGAGGAAAAAGCGGGCGAAGGUUGACAAGAAGGGCUCGGACUUCAAGUCUGGAUGGGGCGACGCUCUACCGUUCAAGGACGACGAUCAGGAUGGCGACAAUGGCGACAAUAACCACGACGGCGACGACAUUGCCGACAGCGCGGCAGAGGUCGCAGGUGUCGAGGUAGACGUGCUCGGGGCGCCCUUGCCUGUGGAGCCAGUUCACGAGGGCAAGGAGGUAGAUGACGACCAGUCGGAUUCGUCCAGUUCGACUUCAAGCAGCCUUAGCUCAACGGCCGACCUUGACGGCAUCAUUGGCCCUGAGGGGUCGAGCGAUGCAGGUGGCGGCAUGGCAGCGGCGGAGCCAGCAAUGCUCUUCAUCGAAGUCGAGGGCGGGAGAAUCGUCUACAACGCGAAGAAGAACGACCUGAUCGCGGAGUGCAGGAGCCCAGGGCACGUAAAGUGCAGGAAGCACAGGGUAUGCCACCCUGGGGCCAGACCACAGCAGGGGCGCCCCAUCGGCUUCCUGGUUGCUUGGCUGCGGAGGCACGCGGAGUUCGUGAACCAGAUGUCGCACGGUGCCGCCAACUGGAUUGACAGGGAGAACCGCCAGGCUGCUCGGACGGCCUUUGCUGCCAUGGGCCCCAUGGCGGCUGCGCUGCUGGCCCGCGAGAGGUUCGAGUUGGCGCGCCCGCAGGGCUCCGCGUCGAAGUGCGUUUGGCAGAAUUUCAGAAUGGGCUCGCAGUUCGGCCGCGCGUUUGAUGUGCCAGCCGCCGCGCCGCCCGCCACCCGAUCGCAGGCGGUUGCAGUGGCGAUGGUUGCCGCGGCGGAAAGGGGCCUCGCCGUUGCGGCAGUCGGGCACGGGCAAGGUACUUUUUGGUUCCGACGGUACUUCGGGAGGUACUUCGGGAGGCCAGCGAUGACGCUGCUUAGCGUUGUCCUGGAGAUGGGGCGCUGGGCGGCGAAGGCGCUGCUGCUUUCUGGCGGGCUGCGGCGGGGCAUCGCGUCCUGGGCGCGAAGGGGGGACGCGUGCAAGUCUGCAUCGGCGCACAGCGAACUCUGUGCAUAUGUCUCCGCGCUGGUCGCCAACACCAUUGCCGCGCCGCGGCGCAAGUUCAAGUUUCAGCGCUCGGUGCUGCAGAUCGAGCGGUCGUCGAUGGCGUCUCUGGGCAUCGGCGCACUCCGCUCGGCUCAACGUAUUCGCGCCGACGGCGGCGCGGCGUGCCCGCGGCUCAACGCGAGCGUCUUCAGGCUGGCAUCGGCUUGCCGCCUGUUCAUGAGACGGCUGGGAAAGAUGCUCAGCAGCUGUUCCAGCCAGAGCCCCGCGAUUGUUUGCCUCGUGCUCCCGAUCCUGGGCGCGGAUCGGGUUCGGGAGCAGCUUCUUGCUACCCUGGGGAGGGUGGCGCUGCUGCUUCAGGCGGCCCUGAAGAGGGCGCUGACACCGACGAAGCGCACGCAGGCACUCCGCCAGGACCUUCAAGGCGCGAAGACGCCGUCUGCCAAGAGCGCGAGUGGCAUGGCCGCUGAGACUCCCUCCAAAGAGGGUUCGGCUUUGCAGUCUCCAGCCGAGCCUGCGACCAUGCCGCCCAAGACGCGCCGCUGCAUGGGCAAGCGCGCAGCCAAGGCUCCUGAUGGCGGGCAGAGGAAGGCCGCCAGAGGCGGCGGCAGGCGGGGGAGUGGUGCCGCGGGCGCGAGGGAGAGCGAUGGAGGCAUCGCGGCGCCCGCGGGGCGUCUCAGCGCGGCAGCGCUCCAGGCAGACGCGUUCGAGUGCGGCACGUGCGGCACCGACGACGUCGGCCAGCAGAUGAAGGACGUUGCUGUGCCGUCGUGUACCCAGUGCUUCGAGAGGUACUCGAAGGGCUUCACGCACUUCGGCUCCUUGGAGGUCGUCCAGCAAGGCGUGCAGGACGAGGACUCGCACAUCCACGACUGCUGGGAGGAGGCCUUGCGGACUGAGGCGGGCGAGCAAGGGCAGUUCUUCCCUACGGCCGUCGACGAAGGGUCGCAAUACAUUGUCUCGGUCGUGAAGCCGAUGAUCGGCUUGAACCGCGCGCAGCUGAUCUCAGACGUGCUCGAGGGUGAAGAGCCCGAGAAGUUGGGCAUCAAGCUGCAGGACCUGCCCGACCAGGAUGGGAACACCUACAAGGGCGUGAUGGUUCCGAACCCGAACCGCCCGUACCUGGAGUACGACGUGAUGCACCAGCACUUCGCAACGAUGACCACGCACAAGAUGCAGCCGAGCCAGCAGAUGUACUCUGCCCAGUCUUUUGGCACGUUCUCGUUCGUGAAGAAGGGUCUGGCGCAGGACAGCAAGCUGAAACUCAUCUGCGUGAAGGCGCGCACGGAGAACCACACUCUGGACUCCCUGGCCUCGAAGGCGGACGCCUACAAGAGGAGCAAGGCCGACGCCGAGAGGGCUCGUCUGGCCGCCGAGGAGGCGGAUGGCAGCCCAGGCGGUAGCCCAGGCGAGAGCCCUCUGCCUGCGGCGGGUCUUCCUGGAGCUGGUGCAUCUGCUUCGGCUGGUCCUUUGCUGAACCCGUCUGCGAUGGCGUGCUCGCGGACAGUAUUCACUGGCGAUGGGCGUGCGCCGAAGACCCCAGGAGCAAAGCCUCGCGCCACCAAGUCUGCCAUGUCAGAUACCAAGCAGUCAGAGGUGGAGGAGCUCGUCGAGCGUCGCAUUGCUGCCUUGGAUGUGGACAGGUGCUGGUCAGGAACUGCCAUGGGUCGCGAGCUUCGCUGGGCCAGGGAAUCGCAUGAUAACAUCAUGGACUCCACUCCCUCUUCUGCUGACUCGGAGUUGGCCGACAAGCUCACGGCCCACCUGGACGUGUGCGAUGCCAUCUGCAAUCUCGUCGAGAAGCCAUUCGCGUCCGUGCCGAAAGCCAAACUCGACGGCUGGCUCAAGGAUGUUGAGAAUGGCGCCGAGGACAUGCCGAGCAAGUUUAAGCAGGAUGUGCUGAAGUUAAAGGUCCUACGGGCGGCACUUCGGGGUUGGGCUAUCGGCAGGGCGUGCUCUGCUGACGGCAGUUGCUCGGACAAGAUUUCCAAUUGCGACGGCUUCUUCACGGAGGCGCUCAACUACUUCAUCAAGUUGGGCAAAGAAGGUCAACCUAAGCUGGUCCAGUUCUGCAACGGCUGCCUUGACUGGCUCGACGAGAAGUGCCCUGAGGAUGAGCGCUAUGACGAGCUCGUCUCUACGAUGACGGUGACCUUGAAGGCAGCGCUUUGCAUCGCCGACGCCACGAAGCUGGACUACAAGGACGCGCUGAUGGCCAUGACGGCUUCCAGCAGAACGACAGGGGUCGGGACUGGGUGCUUGCGCCACUUGAACUUGUCGGUGAAGCGCUCGCAGCACUACACGGCGCUUAAGGACGAGUUCGACCAGUACUACUUGAAGACGAGGGAGAUGUUCCCCUCGAUGUCCGACGCAAUGCAGAAGCUAGACGAUUCGAACUCGUCCAUGGCUCAGUUGGUGAAGUCUGGCGUCAUUCGGAACUCGCUGGAGAUGCUGCCGAACAUCGUGAUGUACUGUCGGCCUGGGUCGUUCGAGCAUUUCCAGGCAAAGGUUGCGGCGAAGGUCGACGAGUACGUGCACACCCAGACGUUUGGCGACGUCAUCGGCGGCGCGGCUGGCGCUGCGCUGACUGCGAAGCUGGCCGAGGCGAAGACGCUGGUCACCAUGGCGAAGACCAGUGUUCCAGAGAAGCUCUCUACGUGGGCGAGUGCGCUGAGUGCGAUCGAAAAGAAGGAGUCAGAGAUCAACCAGUUCAACGCCAGCAAAGGCCUCGCCGACCUCGCGUCGACCUUGACGCCAGCGGCGCUGCUGAACGACGACGACCGCGACGCAGUGGUCCCCGUGUUGCAAUCUGUGCUGGCCGCGGGUGGCAAGGGCGUGGAGGCCCACAAAGCGAGCGCUACCGCCAUCUUCGACAUCACGUACGAGUGCGUUUCCCAGAACUGCCGUGAUCCGAUCCAGUCGCAUCCGUACAUGGCUAUCUUCAUGAAGCUCGGUGAAUCAGAUUGGCUUGAUGAUGUCAAGAAGGAGAAACUCUCGAAGACCAUGGACGCGUUGAAGGCCUGGGCCCCGCUGGUUGAUUACCACAGGGAGUGGAUGGCGCUGGGCGCGGAUAGCGCAUCGCGGCUGGCGCAGCCUGGUGCGGGCCGCGUCGUGCAGGGCGUUCGCUCUACUUGCAUUGCGAUCGAUGCUGGUGGCGUUGCUACCGAGAUUGUGGGACUUGGCGGAGAUCUCCAGGCGGCAGUUACCGAGAUGGGAUCAGCUGCCGCGGCGUGCAAAGAGAUGCAGACGGCGGAGCUCGCGGCGGCGGUGAAUGACCUCGAACCAUCUUCCACUGGUGGCGACAGCGUCGACAACCCAUGGGACAUCAAUGUGGCGCUUGGUGGUGACAUCCAAGUGGUCCUGCAGCGCGUGGAGGACACGAUCUUGCAGAUCGACGGUUCGUCUUUCCAGAGUUUGAUCGACAAGGUCACGCAGUCCCUGGAGGCCAACAAGGUCUGGGCCGAUACCUUCGGCUACGAGCAGGACGGCACCCUGACGACGAGAGCGGCUAAUGUGGUGAAAGCUGCACUGGCCGUGAAGUACACUGCGCUGCUGGUGCACAGCUGGAAAUCUUUCGGAUCGUCGGCGCCGAAGCUCCGCAGGGCCGUGAUGACGUACAAGAGGGAGAUCGUCGAGCACGGUUGCGAGUCCGUCAUGCGGGCCGACAUCAUUGACUGGACGAGCAAGCUUACCUCGCUGAAGGGGUUGGGGCGCACCAAGCACCACAUCAUCAACGACGGCGGGGAGGACAAAGACGACGUGAAGAUCCUGUGGAGGAGGGACAUGGUCACAGUCAAGGGGAAGAAGGUGGCUUGGCGCGACGAGGAGGGGGAGUGGCACGUGAAGACGGCAGCGAAAAAGGUGGAGGCGAAGAUUGACGAAAGCAUGAAGAAGUCGUGGUCGAAAAUCGACCUAGAGCCAGGGCCGGACGCUCUCUGGACGCGCACGGACGGGGACGCGAACAGCCAGCUGGAUUACAUCAUCGCGCCAGACAAGCACAGAGACAGCGUGAAGAAGCGCGCUGUGCUGUCCAAGUUUGACACUGGCUGGCAACCUGGAGGCAGCCAUGGUCUCCGCUACGCGUGCUGCUUUGCUCUGCGCUUCACCCGCGACGACUCCGAGGACCAGGUGGGCGGGAAGAGUUGGGCGGAGAUCCAGUCAGUAAAGAAGGGCAGAUUCACCGAGCAGGCAUUGGCCGACGACAGGGGAAAGCGGCCGCAUAGCGCCAACCUCGUCGCGCACGUCAUGCCCCUGCAUCGCUUAAAGUUCGUCGUCUCGACCACCCUGGCAUCGUACUUCAUCGAGUGGUUCACUGGGAUAGUAGUCGCAGUGGAUGGCAUGAUACACCCGCUGGCCCCUCUCGCGAAGCUCGCCACUGACGUCCAUCAUGUGCUCGAUCUUCUCGCCCGCCUCGCAUUCUACGCGGCGCUGGAUCGAUCCGACGUG